AUGGUGCAGCACUGCAAUAAGGACUCGAUUAUUGAUUUGGAGACUGAUGGAGAUGGUGUAUUUAGGUACUGUUUUUUGGCUCUUGGUGCAUGUAUUCAUAGUUUCUUAUCAUCUGGUCGUCCUGUUAUAGUUGUUGAUGCUACACAUUUGAAAGGUAAGUAUAAGGGUGUGAUGUUUGUUGCUGUGACUAAAGAUGGCAAUGAACAAGUUUUUCCACUAGCUGUGGGGCUUGGUGAUAAGGAGAAUGAUAGGUCAUGGUGUUGGUUUUUUACACGUUUGAGACGUGCCUUUGGUGUUCCAAAUAACUUGUUGUUUGUUUCUGAUCAGCAUUUGAGCAUAAAGAAUGCUAUUGAAGCUGUGUUUCCUGGAGUUCAUCAUUUCCUUUGCACUUAUCAUUUGCAAAAGAAUCUUGCAAGAUAUGGCGCAAAUAUUGUAGCUAUGUUUCAGAGGGCUGCGAAUAGCUACAAGAGGGAACAAUAUGAUUUGCAUUUUGGUCAGUUGGCCUUGGUUCGUGAUAAAGGUGCAUAUACGAAGUUAAUGUAUCUUCAGCCUUUUCGAUGGGUGCGUAGUCAUUCUACAGUUCGUAGAUAUAAUUUCAUGACAUCUAACUAUGCUGAGGUAUUCAAUGGUAGGCUUCGAUGGGGUAGGAGAUUGCCUGUAUGUACGUUGUUAGAGUUUGUGAGGACACUGAUAGCUCAUUGGUUUCAAGAGAGGCACAACAAGGCUUUGUCUAGAUCUCAUACACUUACAGAGUGGGCGGCAUUGAAAUUGGAUAUCUCAGUUGAGGAAGGUCGCACAAUGGAGGUGAAUCCCAUUAAUGAAUUCAAAUUCACAGUUUCUUCUAGUGAUCGGAGUUAUGUUGUUGACCUUCGUGCUAGGAGUUGUUCUUGUCAUCACAAAUCGAAGCAGUCUUGUAUUCCAUAUGUGUCUAGUUACUAUUACACAGACACAUUAAGUGAUAUGUAUUCUCUUGAUGUGAAUCCUAUUCCACAUCAAGAUGAGUGGGAUGUUCCUAUUGAUGUGAGGACAAGGGUUGUUGGUACACCGAACAAUCCUUCACAGGCAGGGCGUCCAAAGACUACAAGAAUUCCUUCUGCAGCAGAAUCGUCUACAAAGUCACGUGUUAGUUUUUGUUCACGAUGCCACCAAGGAGGUCAUUAUAGGUCAAGUUGCAAGGAAGAAAUUCCAAUUCCAAUUCAAAGUGAAGAACAAGAAGUUUCUCAUGUUCGUCGAGCUAAGCAUUGCAGUAUUUGCCAUGAGACCGGACAUACUAAGAGAAAGUGUCCGUCAUUUGAUCCUAGUGAUUCGUAG